AUGUCGACCCUCCAAAUCGUUCCGACUUCUUUUGUCUCCGUCAAUGGACUAAGAAUAGCUUAUCGGCGCUUUGGAGCAAGCAGUCCAUUACCUUUGGUCUAUGUCAACCAUCUGCGUGGUAGCAUGGAUACUCUCGAUCCGCUUUUGUUCAACAGCAUCGCCAAAAGUCGCGAAGUCAUUGUCUACGACAGUGCUGGUAUCGGACACAGCGAAGGAACUGUGCCGGACUCCGUUCCCGAGAUGGCUGAGGUGGCUGUCAGCCUGCUCGCUGCGCUUAAAAUUUCAAAGGCCGAUUUCAUUGGCUUCUCCAUGGGUGGUGGCAUUGUACAGCAUAUUGGAUAUUCGUAUCCUCAAAUUGUCAACAAAAUGAUCCUGGCCGGCACUCAACCUGGAAUCGGUGAAGGUGUAGCUUUGCCUCCGCAGGAGAUAUUGGAAAGUGCUGGAGCAAACAACGAUCAGCCGCCAACGGAGGAGGAUAUGAUGUACCUGUUCUUUUAUCCCUCCGAGACCAGCCUCGCCCUCGGCCGUGCAUGGUGGAAGCGAAUCCACGAGCGUAACGUUGAAGGUGAAUCCCGGAAGUCAUAUCUUACUGGAACUGGGGUUCAGUCGCAGCUCGCUGCCAUCUUCAAAUUCACCACUGAGGCUCGCAACUUCGAUCGUUUGGCAGACAUCAAAGCCCCAGUUCUUGUCACCAACGGCCACACGGAUAUUAUGUCGCCCACUGUGAACAGUUUCAUAUUACAGCAGAGGAUCCCUAAUGCCCAUCUGCAUAUUUACCCUGACGCAGGGCACGGGCAUCUCUUUCAGGUUCCAGAGCUUUACGCGAAGGAGCUUGAGCUUUUCUUGAACAACUGA